AUGUCAAUUACAUUCCAUCAAGUUUUGAGGGAUUUGACCUUGGCGGUUCCUGUAAUGAAUUCAUCAACCAGAAAGUCUAUAAAAUUACCAUACGAUAAUACUAAUGAAGAUUUCCCAAAAAGAAGAUUUCACCGUUUAUCGUAUAAGUAUCGAAUUGCUUACGAUUAUAACACUAAUGAAGAUUACAAGGUGGUAAGAAUUGGGGUUCUCUAUGGUAGAAGAAAAAUUGUCGAAUAUGAGUUUAAGGUUUAUAGUUUGAGACAAAAUUCGUGGCGUAGGCUAGAUAAGUUUGCUCACUAUCCGAAUUGGAAGAGCAUUAGAGAUUCCAUAGUUGGUGGAGCUCUACACUGGAUCUCCUCAAAGGAAGACUUGCUUGUUGUCUUUGAUCUUGGGACAGAGAUAUACAGAAUAAUUCCACAGCCGAAGUACCGCGGUUCUUAUGACUAUAUAUAUUUGGAUAAUUUAGAAGGAUGUCUUUCUUUAAGUUAUCAUUACGAAUUAUCAACUGUGGAUUUGUUUUUGCUGAAGAAAUAUGGCGGGAAGAAUGAACAUUGGUUGAGACCAACAAAUUUUUUUAAUAAGAUUUAUAGCCCUGUGAAACCUAUUUUUUAUUCAAAGAGUGAUAAACAAGUAGUGAUUGCCUUGGGUGGUUCGAGACUUAUUUUGUAUAAUUUAGAAGAGAAGUCAGUUGAGGAAGUUAUGACUCAUGGUGUGCUAGGAAGUGGAUUAAUCGACCUACACAUCUGA